ACGUCAAUCAAUCUCACGCAGCGGCAGCCUUUCCGCUUCCCGUGUAGUGAUGUUGCCAGACGGGUGGGUGGGAGCAGGUACGUCAUCUGGUUGCUGAGCGUGAGCGUGAGGGAGAGGCUUGACCGAUAGCUUAAAGGGAAAUUCCUGCAGCAAAGGCCAGGAACUGCAGUAGUGGGAAAUGGAGGACUUCAAUUUACACUACAGGUUCUUAAAUUGGAGGAGACGAAUAAGAGAAAUAAGAGAAGUACGAGCAGUACGGCAUCAAGAGAGGUACAAACGCAUUCUUGUCGAUGGAGACAUACUGAGUUAUCAUGGAAACGCUGAUGAAGUUGGCUGUUACGUGGCCCCUCGUCCUUUGACCAAGGAGAAUCAUUAUUUUGAGGUAUGCAUAGUGGAUACUGGUGUAAGAGGGACCAUUGCAGUAGGAUUAGUCCCUCAGUAUUACAAGCUGGAUCAUCAGCCAGGAUGGCUUCCACAUUCUGUUGCCUACCAUGCAGAUGAUGGGAAGUUAUUUAAUGGAAAUGAAGUGGGCCGGCAGUUUGGGCCGAAGUGUUUUACGGGUGAUCGAAUUGGCUGUGGAGUCCACCCAGAAUCCUUUGACAGAGGAAUGGCAACUGUCUUUUUCACAAGAAAUGGCAAAGAGGUGGGGUCAGUAGUUAUGGCUAUGUCUCCUGACGGAUUGUUUCCAGCAGUUGGAAUGCACUCUCUUGGUGAAGAAGUUCGCAUUGACUUUCAGGUUGAAUGGGGGCUGGAUGAGGACGACAGUGUCAUGAUGGUUGACAGUCAUGAAGAUGAAUGGGGCCGUUUACAUGAUGUUAAAGUUUGUGGAACACUAUUAGAAUAUAGCGGCAAAGGGAAGAGUAUCAUGGAUGUUGGACUCGCACAAGCAAGAUAUCCCCUCAGCACCAGAAGCCAUUACUUUGAAGUAGAGAUCGUUGACCCAGGUGAAAAAUGCUACAUUGCCUUGGGACUGGCAAGAAAGGACUACCCAAAAAAUCGUCAUCCAGGCUGGAGUCGAGGAUCAGUGGCCUAUCAUGCAGAUGAUGGCAAGCUUUUCCAAGGAAGUGGAGUGGGAGAUCCUUUUGGCCCUCGCUGUUACAAGGGCGAUAUCAUGGGUUGUGGUAUCAUGUUUCCUCGAGAUUAUAUUUUAGACAGUGAUGCUGACAGUGAUGACUGUGUUGAUGCUGCAGAAGUGAAGCCCAAACAGAGACGUGUGAGGAACAUCAUGUACUUUAAUGAUGAGGAUGAAGAGGAUGAAGGCGAGGAAAUGGAGCAAGAAUAUGAUGGAAAGAAAGUAACGGUAUUUUUUACUCGAAAUGGAAAGAUAAUUGGCAGGAAGGAAGCCCCAGUGCCAUCUGGAGGAUUCUACCCCACCAUUGGAAUGCUUAGCAAUGGAGAGAAGGUUAAAGUUGACCUGCAUCCUUUAAGCGGCUGAGCUUUCAGUCUGCUUCUUCCUGAACACAGCAUGUUCUUCUUCCUACUGACAUCUGCUGGCUGUGAUGGAGCCUGUAAUUGCACAGAAUGCGUGCAGAAUUGACCAUGAUAUUUGGCCAUUUUCUGUAACUCUGCAAUUCCAUUGCUGUAUUUAACAAAUGGUUACAUAGGACAUGUCUAUUUUGAUUGCUUUUGUUCAUUAUCUGUUAAAUCCUGCUUUGAAACACUAAAAAAACCAUGAAUACUUUCAAAUCUUUUGAUGUUACUAUAGGCCAAUAUUAAGUGAUUACCUCAAUUACCCGCCCUUGGCAUUUGGUAAGAACACUCCCUGAUGCUGCUCUCUGCAUGUACAUCCAGAGCUGUUAAAAUAUCAAUAGCAGACAGCAAAUUGUAAGCUGAUCAGAAUUAGUUUUAUCCUUGUUUGCUGUCUGCAAGCUGCUUUUGAAAGAAUAUUCUUGAGGGAUCUGCUCCUGUCUGUUAGUACAGCCCUUAAGUGUUCUAUAAUCCGCAGAGUGUACAAAUGAGCAAAGUCUUUUUCUGGGAUCCCAGCAUCAUCAGAGAGUAUGCAGAUGUGAGCUGUCAUCUCCUCACACUAAUUUCUGUAUAGAGUGCCUUACCCACACUACUGACGGGGCUGCUCUUCUGACCCUGUUAUUACCAUCGAUGUGGCAGUAAUUACCAGCUCACAGUAAGGUGAGUGAUCCUGGUGGGAAAUAUCCCAUGAAUACUUUCCCUUUUAGACUGGUAUUGAUCUUUCUGCAGCAAAUGAGCAUUCCUGUUCCUUCCUUCAAUUCCAUUGCCGUCAGCAGUCAAUCUGCAUUCUGGAAAAAAAAUUUGCCAGUAGUACGCUGUUCCCCAGCUUAUGGUCCUUGUUAUUUCUGUGGUGCAUCUCCACUGCACUGGGUAAGAUGGCAAGCCUCAGUCAGGGCAUUUAAGUGCGCAGCCUGUGGAUAUAGCUACUGUGCAUUGUACAUUAAAAACACUGGGGGGGUCUUCUGUUCACUGAAGAAGUAUUGGGGAAGUAUGGUAUGAUACAAUCCUGAAAAUAGCUCAACUCCAUGUGUUGUUGGGGUGUCAUUCAAUAGAAGAGGAAAGACAUUGAACAAUGCCAGCAAUUGGAGAAAUGUUGGUUCUCCAAACUUUGCUGAGUUCAGAUGCUUUUCAUGUGUGCAAAAUGUUCUCUUCUCACCCCUUACUUUUCAUGCUGUACUCAGCCCCUGUAUACAGAAUUUUAUAAAAUAAUUCCACUCAGCCCAUUCGCAUCUUCCCCAUAUCAAAUGAACUUUUUGAAAGUUUUAAAUCUGCAAGUUUUCUUCAGUUUUAAAUGUUGCAAUGUGCUGAAUAUAAUGUGUUGGCAAAGUUUCUCAAGCCUUUUGUCCACUUUGCUCAUGCCACUGUUCCUGUUGUUGUGUGCUCAAUUUGCCCCAUUUCCUAAGGCCUUUUGCCCUUUCAGCUUUGGCAAGUUUUCCUUGGAAGCUCACAUCAUGAAUAAGCGAUAACAGUUUUUUUUCUUAAUCUGUGGAACUGUAAUUCCCAUGAAUAAGGUUUUCAAGUUUGAGAAUGAAAUAUUUUGAAAGAGUGGAAAGUUUCAGGUCGGAACAUGUGUGGUAUUCAAGUGCCUUUCAGGUCUCUUCCAGACUUUGUUUGCAUUGCAUCAUAUACAAUGAAACUUGGGAUAAAGUGCGGUAGUGUUCUGCAUCCGAACCACAUGAAAAACAGGUGAAUGCUGAAUGGUGAGAUGUGGAGUUCUUUUGAAUUCUGAGGAAGAGCUAUCUUAAUUCAGGAGAUAGGCUUUCCCUCUUUUCCACUCCAGCACAUACUUCCAAAAUGACCUCAAUAAUCAGAAUUGUACAUGGAUAAAACAGCACAUGCCAUAAGUAUACUAUAGAGACAAAUGAGUUAGAGGAAAUGCUGCAGGUAUCAGGGAUGCCAUUCAAAUGUUUAAAAACAAGAUGCUCGCCUUUAAGUUCUACAUUGUGAAGUGAAGUGAGCACUGCUAAAGGGCUCAUGGUCCAACUCCUAUGUCCUUUUUGUUCUAUUGCCCAAAUUUCAUUUCUUUGAUUUGGUAUUCUCUGCAGCUUCCCACUCUUCCUCCUGCUUGUUUGAGGUCAAUGGUAACUUUGUCCAGUUAUGGACCAAUGUCCAGCAGUAACACGCUUUACGUUUUGUAAAUGGAUUUGGUGUUCGCCUCUCCCUCCCAGCCAGUAAACAGAUGUUUAUCUUGUCUGAGUUGGAGCUGAAUUUGAUGAUCCACAUCACAAUAGACACAUGAAGAGGGAGGUGUCGGUCAGCCAUCCGCUUUACCUGCUGUAUUCCCAAGCAUUGCACUGAGGGAAAAGGAAAGCAUUUCAUUUUAUGUACUAUCAAUGUUCGAGUGAUCUCUGUAACAUUGUGUGUUAAACUAAGGUUUCCUGAAAGGGGUGAAACCAGAGUUCAAAGUUAUAUAAAACAAAAGGUCCAAUUUCUCCCCACCUGAUCUUUGAUAUAAUUUGAGUGAUUGUAAAUUGUAAAUUGCUUAUUGAUUGUGGAUAUUUUUGAGAAAUGACCUUUGGCAUGUGGCAGUCUCCUACCAAUUAUUUUGUACCAAUAUCAACCUUGUGCACUAUAUAUCAAAAAUAUGUACAUAAUUCAGAUGUUUAUAUGGCUUAAUUAAAAUAGAUAUUUCCCUAA